AUGAAGGCUUUACUUGGUUCACAAGAUGCAUGGGAGAUUGUUGAUAGAGGUUAUGAAGAACCAGCAGAGGAUGUGGUUUUGAAUCAAGCUCAACGAGAGACUUUGCAAAAUACCAGAAAGAAAGACCAAAAGGCUCUCACCAUUAUUCAUCAAGCCAUUGAUGAUACAAAUUUUGAGAAGAUUUCUGGAGCAAAGCAUGAUUACACUUCAAGGUUGCUAGCCGUGGUAAAUGAAAUGAAGUGGUAUGGUGAGACGAUAAAUGAUGAGCAAGUAUUUGAAAAGAUACUUCGCUCAUUGGAUGAAAAUUUUAAUUUCAUCAUUGUAGCAAUUGAAGAAUCAAAGGAUUUGAGUACAGUGUCCGUUGAUCAACUUAUGGGUACUUUGCAAGCCCAUGAACAGAAGCUUUUCAAGAAGACCAAACAGACAACCAAACAACUAUUUCAAUCAAAGUUGCAGAUGAAAGAUAAAGAAAAUAGCCAAGAAAGAGGUUAUCGAGGUCAUGGUCGUGGUAUAAGUCGUGGACGUGGUGACUUCAGAGGUCGUAGUCGAGGAAACUUUGGUCAAAGAAAGUUUGAUGGGAGUAAUUUCAACUCCAAUUUGUCAAGAGGUCGUGACAGACAAAAUUGUUCGAGGUCGUAUGGAGGAAAGUCAAAUGAUGACAAGAGAGAUGAAGAAACAUGUGAGAACAGUUCGUGGUAUCUUGAUAGUGGUGCAAGCAACCACAUGUGCAGAAGUAAAUCCAUGUUUGUGGAAUUGGAUGAAUCGGUUGGUGGCAAUAUCAUAUUCGGUGAUGCUACAAAAAUUCCUGGAAAGGGAAAAGGUAAGAUUUUGAUCAAUUUGAAGAAUGGGAAGCAUGAGUUUAUCUCUAAUGUCUAUUAUGUGCCAAAUAUGAACAAUAUUUUGAGUUUGGGACAACUCUUAGAGAAAGGCUACAAUAUUUAUUUGAAAGAUUAUAGUCUUUCAAUAUGA